UUCGCUUUUUGCUCGUCCACCUCCAAAACAAAGACGCCUCCCACGCAGAGAACAACGGCCGCUCAAGGAAGACGCGAAAAGCAUGGCCGCUCCCGAAGCUUCUCUCUGCUAUAUCGGCGUCGCUCGGCAAUCUGCGGCUUUCCGUCUCAUGAAACAAAUGGGAUGGGAGGAAGGAGAAGGGCUAGGGAAAGACAAGCAAGGGAUCAAGGGACACGUUAGAGUGAAAAACAAGCAGGAUACUGUUGGUAUUGGUGUAGAGAAGCCAAAUGCCUGGGCAUUCGAUACUACACAGUUUGAUGAUAUUCUUAAAAGAUUGAAAGUGCGAGCAGCACAAACAACAGAACAAGUUGAGAAGAACGAUACUCUAGUAAAGAGCAAGACCGACGCUUCUAAUGAUGUUCAAGAUCCAGUUGUUAAGGCUACUAGACCUCAAGGAAGGUAUAAGAAAAGGGAGAGAGGCAAGCUUGUCCAUGCCUAUUCUGCCAAGGAUCUGGAAGGAAUUCUGGUCAGAAAGGUUGAGGAGUCUCAAGAGCCAAAUCCUAAUCUAGAUGGUGAAUUUGAGUCAGCAGAGGCAUCUGAAGAGCAUGUUUCUUAUGCAGAAGGAGAAAAGCAAGAUAUUUCAGCAGACUGGUGGGGCAACAAGUAUGGAUUUAUAUCUGGAGGUUUCCUUGGAGCAAAAUCUGUCAAACGUAAAUCAGUCAAUGGUGCUAAAAAUGAUAACAUGAGAACUGUGUUUCAUGAAGAUGAUCAGGAGAACCUUUACAACCUUGUCCAAGAUAAAUCUACUACUGGAAAGCAAGGACUGGGUAUCAAGGACAGGCCAAAGAAGAUUGCUGGUGUACGCUUCCAGGGGAAAAAGACAUCAUUUAGUGAUGAUGAUGAGGAUGCUCAGAUCGAAAAUGAUGAUGAGGAUUCUAUUGAUUUUGGUCCAUCAGGCAAAAGGAAACACUGUGAUAUGUCAGAAUCAGAAAACAACAAUGAGCCGAAAAUUAAGCUGAAAACGUUGUGUAAACAGCUUCUGCGCCAGGUACCUGGUGAGUCAUUGAAGGUAAAGCAGCUAAAAGUUCUAAUAGAUGAACAUUCAUCCUCCCUUUUUUCGAACUUCUCUUCAAAGAGAGAUGCUCUUGAAUACUUGAAGGAAAAGCUGGAAGGCAGUCGGAAUUUUUCUGUAGAGGGAAGGAGAGUGAGUCUCGUAUCAAGAAGAGGCUGAAAAUUUUGUCGACUCUUAUUUUGGACGACUUUGUUACAUUCUUAAGAUGCAUGUUUCAGUCUGUAUAUUGCAGCUGAGACUAGAUCAUGUCCUAGAUUAUGUAUUACAUUUGUUAAUCUGUCAUAAUAUGAAUUAUUUCCCGAUUGGAAAGGAAUGUUUGAGUUGUUGAUUGAUUAUUUAUACGAGUUUUCCUUUCAAAAUAAAAAA